AUGCAGCCCAACUAUGCUGGUUCGCAAAAUGCUCACCUAACUCCAGGCCUCGCUACUCCUGGCCCGUACUCGACGGCUAGUUCAGCUUCUUUGAAUUCCAACCUCGAGAGCGAUUCCGAUCCCUCAGCGCCGGCCAGUAACCACCGAGACUCCGUCGGCUCAAUCAUCGACGAUCCCUUCUUCCAAACAUACGACCCGGCAAUUCAGGCCGCCAACGCAUCCGAGGACGACCAAUCUGAUGGAAGCUCGGUGUACCAAUCACUAGACGACGAAGACCACGAACAUCUUUUCCACGACACGAAAGGGAACAAUCUCGGCAAACCCCCCAGGCCCUCCAGACGCAAAAGCCGCGGGGAAGCAAGGAAGCUGGACCCGGACAGCGAUGAUAACGAGGCAAAUCAACACUGGCCUCCUCCUCGUCGAGAGUCUUUGACUGCUGCACCCUCAUCAUACUGGUCACAAACAACUCCAACCAUGGAGAGUUUUAAUAUUGCCGUUAUCGGUUCCACAGGCGUUGGCAAAUCAUCUUUUGUCCAGCGGGUCCUCGGCCUAUCACGGCCACCUAUCUCAAAUGCUUCUAGUGUUCGCAUGCUGGUUGAUAACGGCUCUCAUGCGGUAACUUUACUGGAGCUGGACCUCGAGUACUUUGAGCUGAACCCCACGCAACCUAUUCAGUGGCCCAAACAAAUUAAUGGGCACAUUGUCCCUCGCGUGGAUGCUGCACUUAUCUUGUAUGAUGUCACAAAUCAUGAGUCUGUGCGUGAGCUUCCUCAAACACUAGCCGCUCUUACAAAUUCCGGCUUGCCUGCCAGCCUAGUGGCCUGUAAAUGUGAAACUCCUAAAGCAGAGUGGCAGGUUGACGCUGAGGCAAUCGCAAGUCACACGUGUUUCAAAUCUUGCGUUUCUACCUACAAAAUUUCGUCGUCAGAUGAUGUUGAGGUUGCGAAGACAUGUCUACAUACGAUCCUGAGGGCUGCUAUGGCGCAACGAAGAGAAGAGAAUGGCGAAACAGUGUCGCGCAGAAGAGCGCAAUCUGCUGCUAACCUAGAGGCACCUGAUGUUGGCACUGGACGUCCUAUCAGCCAACAUAGCAAGCACAGCCGAGCGAGCUCCGAUUUCUCAUUACUCAAGGGCUUUUCCAUUCCUGCAAUCAGCGAAGGCUAUCGAACACAGACUUCUCGUAGCCCUAGGCGAGGUCAAUCCGCCAGCCCCAAUCCCGAAGCAGGAGAAACAGGUCCAACGCAGACACUCAACAAUAUGCUCAGGACUCCCGGGAUUCGAUUAGACAAACCCAGUACCGAUUCAUUUCUGGAUGUGGAUGAAUCUGAUGCGGAAUCAUAUCGAUAUUCCGAUGAUAUUCCAAUACUUCAGAGAAACGAUGACAACAGUCUGGAUAAGCAAUCUAAGAAUGCAGGUGUGACAUUUGAGGAGCUGGUUGAUCGCCUCCUCGCACCUCGCCUGACUCGAAUAGACAACAACUUCUCGGAUGUGUUCCUCUGCCUUUAUCGAAAGUUUGCGGCUCCCGGUGAGCUGUUCACUGCUAUUCUCACCAGGCUGGACCAGGUGAGAGAAGACAAGACGGCGCACUACCUCUCUAAGACGGCGACACAACUACGAAUCAUCGAAGUGGUGGCGAAAUGGGUAUCGCUCUAUCCUGGCGACUUUGCACGCCCUCAGACCAGGCGAAAUUUGGAAGAAUUCAUACGACAUUUGAGCACUGAACCGAUCUUCUCCAUCGCUGCGCAGCAUAUGCGACGACACCUCCAAUUCAACGUUGUGGAGGACGACGAUACUGGUUGGGCGAAUUCCGAUGAGGCCAGUGACAAGCUAGCGGGCGAGAUUUUGUCAAAGGACAUGAACGAGCUUUCAUCCGGCGUCAGUGUGCUGACAGUGGAAUCUGAUACUGAUGGGAGACCGUCCGGGAGCUCGGAGGUUUCGCUUGCCGACCGAAGUAGCAGUGUUUCGAGCCAAGUACAGUUCCACACUUUCGAGGAUUAUGAAAGAGCAGCAGCUAGCCUGGAGCCUACCGAUAACUUGCCCAUGAACAAGUUCCGCUACCAUAUUUUCAUGGACAUACCGGCUGAUGAUGUUGCGGACGAGUUGACCAGAAUCGACUGGAUCAUGUUCUCUUCUAUUAGGAUUCGUGAUUUCGUUCGUCAUGUCAGCUUAUCAGCAUCACAAAAGGAAAGAUGCAAGAGUUUGCGAAACGUUAACCGGAUGAUUAACCACUUUAACCACAUCGCCAAAUGGGUUGCCAACAUGAUCCUGUUACGAGACAAGGCCAAACAUCGAGCGCUAAUACUUGAGAAAUUCAUGAACAUUUCGCUCAAGCUUCGUCAAUUGAACAACUACAAUGGUUUAGCGGCUGUUUUAGCUGGCGUAAACGGAACGGCCAUCCAUCGGUUGAAUCAGACGAGAGCACUAGUGCCAGCCGAUAUACAAAAGAGAUUUGCCCGGUUGGGUAUCCUUAUGGGCACGCAAAAGAGUCACUUUGCAUACCGUUUAGCAUGGGAGAAUUCAUCUCUCCCUAGGAUCCCGUUUAUUCCUCUCCACCGGCGAGACUUGGUAUCAGCAGAGGAGGGAAGCAGGACCUUUGUCGGCGCAGACGGAGACCGCAUUAAUUGGAAGAAGUUCGAGGUUCUCGGAGAGGUUCUGCUUCCAAUGAUGAAGAGCCAAGGCGCAUCGUACCCAAACCUCGCCAAGCACGACAAUGCUAGAGAGCUGAUCUUGGGUUGCCGGAUGCCAACGGAUGAAGAGGACAUUUAUCAACGCAGUGUACAGGUCGAAAGCGGCUCUGGUGGCUUUGCCGAGCCAGCGAAGAAGAAAUUCCCAUGUUCCGUCAGGUGGGCAGCAACACCUUCGUUGAACAUCGACCACCCACCCGGUGCACAAAGUAUCCAAAAUGCCAAUGAUCUCUUGUCGGCGGUCACAGACUCACAUCUAUGGAUCAAUCGAGCCGGUGCUUGUUGCAUUGAAGUCUCCUUGUCCAUUGACGACAUGCCUAUUUUCGAACAUGAUCAUCUCGAGAGUGUCAUCGCAGCAAUCAGUGAUUCCGAGAUUUGGGAACGCCUUGGCAUCCAUCUCGAGUACAAUAAAUCAUCAUCGGCCUCGCUCCCUGGUCUUAUGUCCUUCUCACUUCAACAUCCGGAUCUCUCGUCAGCUCUUGUCGCUCCAGCCUCAGCAUGGACGACCCCGUUUCGAAGUUUACUGAUAACGAUCGAUAUUCGCAGGUCUGAUAAGCGACAAGAACCACUCAAAAGAAAUUCCAAGGCAAUGAAACGGCAAAAGACCACAAAGAAAGCUGAAGCAAGAUCCGAGCCACGCUCUGAAGAUGACUUGUCGGAGACACUUGAGCCAACUGACCAACAUGCUAUCGAGAACUUCAUAUCCAGCCUGAACCUUCCGGGAACCUCCAAGAAGAGAAAGUCCACAAAGACUCACAGCAGAAACAUUAUUUUCGAGCAGUUGAUUCUGGCUCCAGAGAAAACGUACAAAGGUUAUCAGGUCUGGUGUAAAUCAGAUUACCGUCUCACGAGAUUGGCGCCCGGUGUUUUUCAUGUACCCUUUCUCAAGAACAUAUCAGAUCGUGCCCAAGUAUUGCCAACUAUUGCCAUGUCUUUGGCACGCAUGCAAUAUGCUGAAUCCCCUGUGAUCAGGCAGAAGGUAGCUGGUUUUCAGCUAAGUGAUGAAAGUCUUGAUCCUUCACACAAUGGAGUAAGCGACCCUGUGGGCGGCAUAGAGAAAAGAGCAUGGGAAGUUCUUCUUUCGCAUGCUCAAGUGCCCAAGGUGGCCAACAGUGGAAGGCGCAAAAAGUCAAUGCUUUCCACGGCGGAGUCAAGCGUAACAAGUGCGAAAGCUCUCUUCAAGAGCAGAAGUCAGCCAGUCGCGGUUAUGGAAGACUUGACAGAAACAUGUCCCUAUGUUGACCAAGGCAAUCAGAAGAACACAACAAUGAGCGUGAGCUGGGACACGAUGGCCAAUUUGCCAUACAACGUACAGCAUGCACGAUCACAAGCCAGCCCCAGCCUAAAUAGAUCCGAAUCAAAGUACUACGGUACACAGAGCAGUUCGAUGAACCCAUGGAAUUGGCAACAAGAGGAAUUGGGUGGAGCAAAUUACCGACUCGACGAUUAUACAGCCACAGCGCAACAUAUGAGUGAGCCGACACAUAUGCAAAUUCGAAGCCAUGGGGUUCAGAUGGCGCAUGGCAAUGAUUUUGCAAUAGAAGACAAGACGGGCGGCCCAUGCGACUUCCAGACUUUGGACCAGUGGCUUGUUUGCGACAACGCGCUGUAA